AUGUCCCGAAGAUGCGUCAAUGAGGACCGGGAUGGUUCCGUUGCAGCUCAGUGGUCGACACCAGCCGCGAGAAUAGGCAGCAUUCCAAGCUUGUCUACCCUACCAGACGAACUUCUACUUGAGAUAAUUUCCUCUUACCCUCCAAUCUCGCUUCUCGACAAAGAGUCCGAACGCUAUCGUCCUGAUUCUCAUGCUACACCCAACCGCCACGAGACGCUAUUAGCUUUGUCUCGAACAUGCCGCAAACUGCGUCGAUUCCUCCGACCAUAUGUAUGGCAGAGCCUCGAAGUCUGUGGCUCCAAGCCCGAGUGUCGCAGAGGGCCUCUCAUCAAGACUUGUGUGGGAGAUCUUGUCCCUCGGACUGAGGGUGACGGUAGAAAUCUGAACGCAGAGAUCGUUAGGCUACUGGGGAUCGUCACUAAAUGUGAUCCUGCCUUGGCCAAGUUUGUCAACGUCAUCAAUGUUCAGAUGACGGACGAGUCGGACACCUACGAUUCUACUCUCUCAGAGCUCGCUUCUUGCAUGACUUUAUUCCCCAAUCUGCAUACAGUCAAGCUCAUUGUCUACUCUUCGCGUAGCCUUCCGAGCGAAAUACCUUUACAGACGCCUUUCAAAGGCUAUUCAUAUCCUCAAAUCCAUAAUCUCCUGCUUGAUGGAAUCACUUUUCCGCUGGUAUUGUCGUGCCCAAAUGUUCGUAACAUUCAGGCGAAUCCGACCUCAGAAAUCUAUUGGAGUUUGUCGUGGUACCGCGACUAUGCGUCAGCUACCGCUCUGGAGGAAGUCGGAAUUCAAUUUAUUGCUCUCCGGGAGCAACAUUUAGAUCUCCUAUCCCUCUUUCCUGGGCUACGCUCAAUUUCAUGCGACUUAGUGUUCUAUCAAUCGAUAGCCACCGAUUUAAAAGUUCACAACUUCUUCCGCGGACUCUCCCGUCUCUCACAUUUAAAAACCCUCAGGGCAUCAAUUCUAGCAGACCGCAGGGCCAGAUAUGGAGGCCCAAAAGUUGAAGAAGUUCUCAAUCGGCUGAAAAAGGUUAUGCUCGACAUCCAGAAAAUCGACCAUGAAGACAAAAGAAUCGUGUAUACCCUCUCUGGGGAGGUGGAGAAGGAUCACUUCAUAUACCUUCCCUUCCUAAAGGAUACCGUCCCAAAAGGUGAUGGACAGAUUUGA